UUCUCGCGCAUGCGACCUAGCACCAGUGCUCUUCCGUCCAGUUGCUACUCGGUUUCAGAGUUGGUGGCAGGACCUCUUGUGUAGCGAUGCUUCCCUUCUCUUUGCUUUGGGCGGCUCGGCCUCUGCAGAGAUGUGGUCAGCUGGUAAGGACAACUCGGGCUCAGCACAUCGAAGCAGCUCAGACUCAGACCCGGGAAACAACUGGAGGCUGGACAGGCCAGGAGAGUCUGUCAGACAGUGAUCCUGAAAUGUGGGAGCUGCUGCAGAGGGAAAAGGACAGGCAGUGCCGUGGCCUGGAGCUCAUUGCUUCAGAGAACUUCUGCAGCCGAGCUGUGCUGGAGGCCCUGGGGUCCUGUCUGAACAACAAGUACUCGGAGGGUUAUCCUGGCAAGAGAUACUAUGGAGGAGCAGAGGUAGUGGAUAAAAUUGAGCUGUUGUGCCAGCGCCGGGCCUUGGAAGCCUUUGACUUGGAUCCUGCACAAUGGGGAGUGAAUGUCCAGCCCUAUUCAGGGUCCCCUGCCAAUCUAGCUGCCUAUACAGCCCUUCUGCGGCCUCAUGACCGGAUUAUGGGGCUGGACCUGCCCGAUGGAGGCCAUCUCACCCAUGGCUAUAUGUCUGAUGUCAAGCGGAUCUCUAUCACGUCCAUCUUCUUCGAGUCUAUGCCCUAUAAGCUCAAUCCCCAAACUGGCCUCAUUGACUAUGACCAGCUGGCAUUGACUGCUCGGCUCUUCCGACCUCGGCUUAUUAUAGCUGGUACCAGUGCCUAUGCUCGCCUCAUCGAUUACGCCAGAAUGAGAGAGGUGUGCGAUGAGGUCAAGGCACACCUCCUGGCAGAUAUGGCCCACAUCAGUGGCCUCGUGGCCGCCAAAGUGAUCCCCUCGCCUUUCGAGUAUGCAGACAUUGUCACCACCACCACUCACAAGACUCUUCGAGGGGCCAGGUCAGGACUCAUCUUCUAUCGGAAGGGGGUACAGAGUGUGGACCCCAAGACUGGCCGGGAGAUCCCUUACACAUUUGAGGACCGAAUCAACUUUGCUGUGUUCCCAUCCCUUCAGGGGGGACCCCACAACCAUGCCAUUGCUGCAGUAGCUGUGGCCCUGAAGCAGGUUUGCACACCCAUGUUCCGCGAGUACUCCCUGCAGGUGUUAAAGAAUGCUCGAGCCAUGGCCGAUGCCCUGCUAACGCGAGGCUACUCACUGGUGUCUGGUGGCACUGAUAACCACCUGGUGCUGGUAGACCUUCGGCCCAAGGGCCUAGAUGGAGCGCGUGCUGAGCGGGUACUGGAGCUUAUAUCCAUCACUGCCAACAAGAACACAUGUCCUGGAGACCGAAGUGCCAUUACCCCUGGGGGCCUGCGGCUUGGGGCCCCAGCCUUGACUUCUCGGCAGUUUCGGGAGGAUGACUUUCGGAGAGUUGUGGACUUUAUCGAUGAAGGGGUGAAGAUCGGCUUGGAGGUGAAGAGUAAGACCGCCAAGCUCCAGGAUUUCAAAUCUUUCCUGCUCAAGGACCCAGAAACAAGUCAGCGUCUGGCCAAGCUCAGGCAACAGGUGGAGCAGUUUGCCAGGGCUUUUCCCAUGCCUGGUUUUGAUGAGCACUGAAAGCUCUUGGGAUUCAAGGGCCACAAACAGGAAGUCAUUUUUCUUCCUGCCUACCUGGGCCAGGGAGACACCACUUCCCGUUCUAUUUCUUGGUGGGGGGGUGAAGGCCUCUCACUAAGAGCCAGGUACAGUCCCUCUUCCCAGAAUUUAUAGCUGAGUUUUGUUUUGUAACUGGACGUUAGAAGGACAUUAGCUUUCUGCCCUAUCCUUCUGCCAUUUUCUCAGUUUUAGACACUCGUAUUCUUUCUUGAGAAGGAAGAGUUACCCUGCUGAGCCAGAGAAUGGGUUGCGGGGGGUAGGCACCCUCCUUCCUGUUUUUAUCUAAUAAAAUGCUAACCUGUCCCCCUCCCCCAUUUCUAUUACUGUGGGAGGGGUCCCCUGGGCUAGCUGGUGAUUUGA